CCCAAUGCCUGAUUGAGAAACGAAGCGGCGGUUCCAAAGGGAUCUCCUAAAAAAACGCAAGGAUUCGCGCUCCAAUUCUUGUCAGAUUCUACUGGGGGGGGAACCCAGAUAAGAAGGGGGGGAAACCACACACGCUAUCGGUUUUAAACCACAUUAUUUUUGUCCAUUUAAUAUAAUGCAUUGUGUAGAAACGCUUAGAUUUCAUUGCAUUUUGAGGGGAGGAGGGACCCCUAGAAACCCAGACAGGGAUCGAAAAACUCAGAUCUGAAUUUUAAAAACCCAGCAUUGGUAACUUGGCGAAUAAGCAGGGGAGCGCUUCGGGCUCCCGCGAACGUGUUCCUUCCAGGAGGGGGCAGCAGCGCCACCGCAUAAAACUUCUGGGCGAAUUCAGCCGAGCGUGCAGAGGCGAGAAGCAGGAAAGGCGGCUCCGAAGUUGUGGUGACGAGAAAGCGCUUCGGCUUGCGAACUCUCCGGCGCCAGACUUUGUUAUGGCAAGGCAGGAUCAAUUCAUACCACCAAAUGAGGAUGAUGAUUUUAUCAAAGACUAUCAUGUCAUCACCAGUGAAGAGAUUGAAGAGAUUAAGGAUGCUCUUGAAGAAGGGAGAAUGGACAGAGCCGUUUCCAAGGUGAUGGAAAAUCUCCAGGCCCUGGAGAACACCCGCUUGAACAUAGCAGUAACUGGAGAAUCUGGUUCAGGGAAGUCCUCCUUUGUCAAUGCCAUCCGAGGGUUAGGAGACGAGGAAGCUGGUUCUGCCCCCACUGGGGUAGUGGAGACCACCGAGAAGCCCACACCUUACCCACACCCCAAGUACCGCAAUGUCACUCUGUGGGAUCUGCCUGGAAUUGGAAUGCCAACGUUCUGCGCCAGCUCUUACCUGGAGCAGGUUCACUUCUCCCGCUACGACUUCUUCAUCCUCAUUGCCUCAGAACGCUUCAAGGUCAACCAUGUCCAGCUGGCACAGGAAAUCCAUCGCCAGGGGAAGCAUUUCUAUUUUGUGCGCUCCAAAGUGGAUGCAGAUUUGGAGGCCAGCAGAAAACGCCGGCCACAAACUUACAAUGAGGAGGCUAUACUGGGACAGAUACGAGAAAAUUGCCGGGCACAUUUAUCGGGCAUGGAAAUGCCCAAUUCCAAAGUGUUCCUUCUCGCCAACUGGGAGUUAAAUAAAUACGACUUCGGGAAGCUGGAGGAAACCUUGGAGGAGGAACUGCCAAGCCAUAAGAGACAGGCUUUUCUCCUGGCCUUGCCAAACAUCUCUUUAAACAUCCUGCAGAAAAGGAAGAUGGCUUUAGAGAAAGAGAUCUGGAAGGUGGCUUUUAUCUCCGGUGGAGUGGGUGCUGUGCCUAUUCCAGGCCUCGGGAUAGCCUGUGAUGUAACCAUCCUGAUGAAAUGCCUCUCAGAAUACCUCAGCAGUUUUGGCCUGGAUGAGGAAUCUCUUACCAGGUUGGCUAAGAAGGUCAACAAGCCUGUGGAGGAGAUCAAAGAGGUAAUAAGGUCGCCAUUAGCUAAAGAGAUCUCCAAAGACGUAGUUCUAAAGCUGCUCACCAAAGCUGGCAGUGGGGCACUAAAGUAUAUGGAGUUCUUCAUCAGGGCAAUACCCAUACUUGGUUGCGUGGCAGCUGGAGGGAUCUCCUUUGCUACAACCUACUACGUGCUCAAGAGCUGCCUGGACGAGGUGGCCAACGAUGCUCACGAUGUUUUCAUCAAGGCUUUUGAGUCUGAGGUCUGAAGGAAUUCAGACAUUGAGGAGCUGAUUGGGAAUGAGCGCUCAAUAAUUGUGUUAAUUGUACUGAAUCAAAUAUUUCGUAUUUUCACCAGCCCGUAACUAAAUUCACCAACUAGAAGAGGGGAAAAGAGACAUGCACAAAACUUCGCCUUUUGCAAUAAUUUAAUUUUUUAUGAUAGCCGAGGGGUGGGUUACUUUAUUUCCAUUUAUCGCAAGAUAUAAAGAGUGAGCAUGACGGAUUCCAGGAUAUAAUUAUGCCAUCAUUGCAAAACUAGGCUUGUUCUUUGAGGGAAAAGACAAAUAAGGAUGAAGUUGGUUUGAACUUGGAAAGAACAAAUUGUCCUGUAUUUAGGAUUUCCUAUAUUUGACACAUUCUUUAACUGACCAAACCAUCAAAGCUGACACGAGUCAGAGUGUAGACCAGGGAUAGGCAACCUUGGCUUUUAUGACUCGUGGACUUCAACUCCCAGAAUUCCUGAGCCAGCCAUGCUGAGGGGAAACAGAGAGGUUUCCAUGCUGAGCCAUGCUGGCUCAGGAAUUCUGGGAGUUGAAGUCCACGAGUCAUAAAAGAGCCAAGGUUGCCUACCCCUGGCAUAGACAAACUCAAAAUAGUGCUAGAUCAGAUGUGGAGAGACCUGGCCCAUAGAAUCGCCAAGGGUUGGAUACAAUUGAAUGAAUGGGUAACAUCUUCAUUUUUAUCCACCAAAGGCCUUCUUGCAAUGAUCUGUUUUUUAAAUUGUAAAAUUAGACUUUCUUAUUGUCCCAGUUGGUUUUAAUUGAAGCUGAAUAAUUUAUCAAAUUGCAGAUUGGUACCAAUAAUAUUUUAGAUUUCCUAAAAUCCGGAUGGCCCCCAGGUUGAAAGAAUUGUUUCAAGAUCAUCAUGAAUUUUAAUGCUUCUCUCAGAUGUUCAACUAUAAAGCCACAGUCAAGAAACAGGCCAUAGAUGACUGCCCAGUAGAGCAGCCAUGAAGCUGCUGGAAGUUAUUUGUGUCUAUACCUACAAAGAUCAGAAUUGUGCAAGCUGCAGCAUUCCUUGUGACAGUGAGAUCAUUGAACAAAUCAAUCCAGAGUUCUUACUCAAGGCUAAAUUGACCAGGCUCAAAUUAUCCUACUUUGGAAAUACAUUAGGCAAAUUAUUCUUCUUAUUUAUUUAUUUAUUAAUAAAAUUUAUAUGCCGCCCAAUCCCUAGGGCACAGGUCGGCAACCUGCGACUCCGGAGCCGCAUGCAACUCUUUGAGCCUUCCCCUGCGGCUCCCAGCCUC